CCUUUCCCAGCUCCUCCCCCCAGCACCCUCCUCCCGCCCUCCCUCCCUCCCCGCAGCCCGGGCGCCCUUCCUCCCCUCCCCGGAUCCCACUUCCCUCCGUGUCCCCGGGCCUCGCGCCUCCCGACCACCACCUGCACACCUAGCGCCCCGAGCGCCCUCCUGGGACCCUCACCCUUGAAGGCCCCGGCCCCCGCCUCCGAAAGGAAGCCCCAGCUCUGCUGCUUCGGUCCCCGCCCCCUCGGGCGCCGCUGCCCGGCCUCUCUCCCCGCCGCGUGCCCUCCUCCUCCCGCGAAGUUUCGGGCUGUCAGUCCCUAGGUCUCGGGCCGUCCGCACCGGGCAGCAGGCAGCGGGCGCCAUUGUGCGCGGAGCCGCGGACGCGAGCCCGGGCGCCUGGGUCCCCACGGGCAGCUGCCGGGAGACCGACCAGGUAGGAGCCAGGUGCGGGGCAGGUGCGGGCGGAGCCUCUCCGCCCCCUCGGGCGCCCGGCCCGCGGCCCGCGCGCAGGUGACAGUAGGGGAGGAGGAGGGGGUACGGCAGGGGGUCGCGGGGUCGAGCGCAGAGCCGGGGAACCCGAGAUAGGCGGGGGCCGGGAGGUUCCAAGGCGGGCAGUGGGGAGGGGGGUGCAGAAGGGAGGAAGAUGAGAAGGAAAAACGGGGCGCAGGGUCGCGCCGUUCAGCAGGGUGGGAGAGAAAGGGCUGACAGGUGACCGGAACCGGAGUGACCCCGAAAGACCGCGCGUGGGGACCUGGUCUCGAGGAAAACUUGAGAGGGGGUCUGUGGCCUGAUCCCCAACAGGGGCUAUUCCUGAUUGUCAUGAGAGAGACCCUGGAGGCGCUCAGCUCCCUGGGAUUCUCUGUGGGACAGCCAGAGAUGGCCCCCCAAAGUGAGCCUCGGGAUGGGUCUCAUAAUGCCCAGGAGCAGAUGUCUUCUGCCAGAGAAGAGAGAGCCUUGAGCACGCACCCAGGACCCGAGGUCUGCCCAGGGGAAGGUGCCCUGACUGAACAAGCUGAGGCUCCCUGCAGAGGUGGCCAGAUGUGCACCCCACAGAAGGCUGAACCUGUGGGCUCCUGCUCCGGCGACGAGUGGAUGAUUCGGAAGGUGAAGGUGGAGGAUGAGGAUCAGGAAGCAGGCGAGGAGGUUGAAUGGCCUCAGCAUCUACCGUUACUUCCUAGCCCUUUUCCCGCACCUGACCUGGGGCACUUGGCGGCCUCUUAUAAACUGGAGCCCGGAGCCCCAGGGACAUUAGGUGGGCUGGCAUUGCCCGGGUGGGUCCCAGAGAAGCCCUACGGCUGUGGAGAGUGCGAGCGGCGCUUCCGGGACCAGCUGACGCUGCGGCUACACCAGAGGUUGCACCGCGGCGAGGGCCCCUGUGCCUGCCCAGACUGCGGCCGCAGCUUCACGCAGCGAACUCACAUGCUGCUACACCAGCGCAGCCACCGCGGCGAGCGCCCCUUCCCUUGCUCUGAGUGUGACAAGCGCUUUAGCAAGAAGGCGCACCUGACGCGCCAUCUGCGCACGCACACUGGGGAGCGGCCCUACCCUUGUGCCGAGUGCGGCAAGCGCUUCAGCCAGAAGAUACACCUAGGCUCGCACCAGAAGACUCACACCGGCGAGCGACCUUUCCCCUGUACUGAGUGCGAGAAGCGCUUUCGCAAGAAAACACACUUGAUCCGGCACCAGCGUAUCCACACUGGUGAGAGACCCUACCAGUGCGCGCAGUGUGCGCGCAGCUUCACGCACAAGCAGCACUUGGUGCGGCACCAGCGGGUGCACGACACCACCGCCAGGGCCCGACCCUCUUCAGAAGCACCCACUGUGUUCCAUUCCCCCUCUACGUCCCCGACGCCCUCCCCUCCCGGGCCUAAGCCAUUUGCCUGUUCCGACUGCGGCUUGAGUUUUGGCUGGAAAAAGAACCUUACCACGCACCAACGAAUGCACCGCAGCGAGGGUCACCCCUUUGGGUGCGACAAGUGCGCCUUGGGUACCACCACGGACCCUGCCACCACUGAGUCUUUGUCCUGUGCCCCUGGUGGCCCAGGCUGCAGCCCUGGCACCGACAUGGCCCCGCACAGCGUCCCCAGUGAGCGCUCCUUCUUCUACCCAGACUGCGGGCGCGGAUUUGCCCACGGCCAGCACCUAGCUCGGCAUCGGCGCGUGCACACAGGCGAGCGGCCCUUCGCCUGCGCACAGUGUGGCCGUCGCUUCGGCUCUCGGCCCAAUCUUGUUGCCCACUCCAGGGCUCACAGUGGUGCCAGGCCUUUUGCCUGUGCCCAGUGUGGUCGGCGCUUUAGCCGCAAGUCACACCUGGGCCGCCAUCAAGCUGUGCACACUGGAAGUCGCCCCCACUCUUGUGCCAUCUGCGCCCGAAGCUUCAGCUCCAAGACCAACCUGGUCCGUCACCAGGCCAUCCACACGGGCUCCCGCCCCUUCUCCUGCCCACAGUGCGGAAAGAGCUUCAGCCGCAAGACACACUUGGUGCGGCAUCAGCGCAUCCAUGGCGAAGCCACCCUCCCACCCUCUGACGCAGACCUGGCAGCCCCAGCCUGGCCUGCUCCCACUGAGGUGGCACCAGCCCCUCUCUUCUGAGCCUGUUCUCACCGAGAGCCUUCUGUUGCUCAGAUUUGAGAGCUGCAUGCCCUGAGGGCCUGGUGAUCCAUCUACACUAUGAUGUGAACUCCUAUGACCAUUGGCUUCCCCUUGUGUCUCUGCAAAGCCCACCAAGCAUCCCCAGCUCUGACUUGUAAGGCCGAAGGCACAGAGAACUAUUGUGGGUGCCACGUGGAAAGACAGAACAUGGCUGAGGCAGAUGGGCUGGGAACCCAUAGGGGGAUGGAAAGAAUUUUUACCUGUGUUCUGAGUGUCAUUAAAGUUCAAAUCCCCCAAGUCCUGGGGCUGUUAACUGAUGGGAAAGGCCUGACUUUUCAAUCCACUGGCCAACCUCCAUUCACAAGAAGUGGCUCCUUCCCUCUCUGUCCUGGGCAAGUUGAACAUGGCUGGUUGCUAUUAAUUGACUGCUUGUAAUCAAAAUGUAAGAUGCUUAAUUGCCAAACCUCUACCCUGGUUCAGAAAACGGACUUGGAAGAGACGUUUGUGAACAUUCCAUUUAUGCCAGGAGUUGUCAACUAGAGCCAGAGGGAAGGCAGAGAGGGAACCUGCUACUCUGACCAUAGCCAUGGAGACAGCAUGCCACCCUGGGCUCUGGGCUCUGUCCUGUCUGUCUGCAGCUUUCCCAAGAAGGCUUCAAUACCAAAGCCUUGUGUGCUGUAAGUGGAGAGUACCUGCAGUAACACGUGUUCCAGGUGCUCUCCUGAUGGAGGAUGCUUGGUCCAGAAGUCCCUACAGCUGCCCUUGCCUGAUGGGUUGUGGCAACUGGGGCUGGUUAGCAGGGCAGUGGGGAUUUCCCGGGUUUUUAGAGGACAGAUUUGGGGAUUUGGAGAAAUGGCAUUCAUUCCCCUGGGCCUGGGCUUUUUUCAGUAAGAAUUGGUGUCAAUGAGAGUGAAAGCCCGUUCCAAAUGUGCAUUACUAAAACAAAAAAUAACCCUAGUGAAUGUUUAUUGGGUGCUUCCCCGCUUUACUGGGCACUGGAACAACUGGUAGUGAGACAGCAGGGACCCUGUCCUCAAGGCUCACAGCCAGUAGAGCAUAUACAUAGUGACAUCCAUAGACUCGGGGGCCCAAGCCCCCAGUGAGGGAAGAGAGGCCAAGGACCUGGCCUGAGGCAUGAAAGGCCCUUAUUAGUUGUUAUGAGUUCAAGAGUUUGAACUGUAUCCGAGGGAUGUGGCCCAUGGUGGGUUUGGGCAGGGCAGGAAACUGGCCACUUCACAAAUUUUAGAUACGUGGCUGAGGCGAACAUGAUAGAGGCCAACACAAUCACCAGUGUGCAGAUGGCAAUGACCGGGGCUGGCUGUGCUGGAGGACGUGGAGAAGUAAAUUCAAGAGUGCUUACUAGACAGAUAGAUGUGUAGGACUUACUGUGUGGGAGUUGGGGGUUCGGUAGAGUUUUCUGGAUUCCAGGAACUAGAUGACAGUGGUGUUCCCCUAAGAAAGUUUUCACAGGAGUAGCUUUGUGCUAAGAGAAUAGUUUUGGAGCUGCCAUAUUGGUGACCAGCAUGGGACCCGUGAGAAGCAAGCUGUGCAGAUGCAGAGUUCUGGGAGCCAGGCAGGUCUGAAAGCCGUGGGCUCACUGACAGAAGCUGAAAUCACUGAAGAAUUUCCCUCAAUCACUGAAGAAGAUUGAGAGGAUGGGAAUGGAGGUGUGGAGAAUAGAAAGGAUACUCACAAAGAGGCAACCAGGGAGCCAAGGUAAGAACAGAGUUUGAGGCUGGAGGGGGCAGUCCAGGGCCGCAGCAAGCUCACACAUUCUCAGGAUGUCCAAGCAUCUUGCAGUAAGCAGUCAUUCACUGUGACAGCAGUGUUAGGGUCACUGCAAUAAAGUGAGACCGCGGUGGUGAAUCCCAAAAGCAACAACCCAGAGCAAAUAGAAGAACAUGAGACCUGGAGAUGGGUGAGGGAUGGACAUUGUAUAGGAAGCAAGUUUUCUAGUUGGGCUGGGGGUACAUGAAUGCCGCUGAGUUAUUGAAUUUCAUGGCUGAGAAUGAGUGAGCAACUCCAGGUUAAUGCUGAUGUGACGAGCAAACAGGAACCGCUUUGUUCGCUUCUCUGUCCCUGCAGUAUUUUAAAUAUCUUGCAAUUUCACAUAAAAAUCUGGACUUCCAUCACCUCUUGUAAAAAAAAAAAAAAUGGGAAGAUUUGACAACUAGUGUCUGGCCUGUCUGGACCAAGGGUUCUGUGUUCUCACUACUGCCCAUUUUGUUCAACCCAGAUUAGUUUACCUCUGAAGCCACUUACCUGGCCUCUGAUCCUAGGAUUCCUACUGAAAAGUAAUUGCACAGAUUUUUAAAUUCAAACACAUGAAAACUAUGUUUAUGUUCAUUAAAAUAAUGCUUUCUCAUCUCCAAA